UGUCAUUCUCAUGAGUUUGCAUAGCACGCGAAAGUAGUCUUGUUCGGAAUAAACAAACGUUGUAAACUAUUAAAACCAUUAAUCUGCCGGUAUUUAAUUAAUUUAGGAUAGUAAAUGUUCUUAAUUAUUGAUAAAUAUGUGUGACAUUGUUCAUUUUCUUCGGCAAAAGUCGAAGAAACGCAAGGCGCUCCUCGCGCAAAUGCUUGGAGUGGCUUGUCCACGAGACCUUAAAGAAGCUCUUGGGACUGGGCAUGAAGUUAAGGCAACUAUCAAACUAUCGAAAUUCAUUGGAAAAAGGCGCAAAUUCGUCAAACUUGGUUUAAAAGCCCAUGAUGCUGAUGAACUGGUGUAUCGUGAUUCUUCUACAUUUUUAAAGGGUACACAAUCAUCUAAUCCACACAAUGACUAUUGCCAACACUUUGUGGACACAGGCCAAAGACCUCAGAAUUUUAUUCGAGAUGUGGGACUUGCAGAUAGGUUUGAAGAAUAUCCCAAGUUGAGGGAAUUGAUUAAAUUGAAGGAUGACUUGAUUCAGCAAACAGCUGCACCACCAAUGUAUCUCAAGUGUGACUUGGCCAGCUACGAUUUGAAAAGCUUGAAUGGAAAGUUUGAUGUUAUCCUGAUUGAACCGCCAUUAGAAGAAUAUCAACGAACAAUGGGCGUGACUAAUAUGCAGUUUUGGUCCUGGGAUCAAAUUAUGAAUUUGGAUAUUGGGGAAGUUGCGGCGCAGCGGUCGUUUGUUUUUCUUUGGUGCGGAAGUUCCGAAGGACUCGAUAUGGGCAGAGUGUGUUUGAGAAAAUGGGGAUUCAGAAGGUGUGAGGAUAUAUGUUGGAUCCGCACAAAUAUUAAAUCGCCAGGCCAGUCGAAGAACUUGGAGGCGAAGGCUGUGUUUCAGAGGACCAAGGAACAUUGUUUGAUGGGCAUCAAAGGAACUGUGCGACGUUCCACCGACGGAGACUUCAUACACGCCAACGUGGACAUUGAUUUGAUUAUUUCCGAGGAGCCGGAGUAUGGCAGUCUGGAGAAACCGGUGGAGAUUUUUCACAUCAUCGAGCAUUUCUGUCUGGGCCGGCGGCGUUUGCAUGUGUUCGGACGUGACAGUACCAUCCGACCGGGCUGGCUUACGUUGGGCCCGGAGUUGACCAACACUAAUUUUAACUCGGAGUUGUACAAUAGCUACUUCCUGCCCAGCACGCUGACUACUGGUUGUACGGAGCGCAUCGAAGCGUUGCGUCCGAAAAGCCCGCCCCCGAAGGGAAAGGGUACGGCGGGGGGUCGUGGUCGGGGUGGUUUUGCGCGGGGACGUGGACGAGGCCGGUAAGGGUUGCUCUACACUAACACGGCUAGGGACGCAGGACCUACAUUUUGUACCGUCUGAUUUGAAAUUAAUUUAUUGUCUUUAGUGUCUGUAUGUUAUUAUACCAAUAUAACGUGUGAUCUUAAGGUAAAGUGCGUGAAAGAUCGAUUUACAAUAAAUGAUUAUUCAAUUUUGA